UUACCCUUAUGCUGUUCGCGCUGCUGCUGAUCAGCGCUGAAGCGAAGAGGUCUCGCCGAAAAAUCUACCGGGUCAACCUGCAAAGGGACACGAAUCACCGGAGGAUAUUGAGGAAUUUGGGCCACCAAAGUUUGAUGGUCAGAAGUAAACUGAGGCACGCAACGCAAGCGAAGCUGGAGACUGCCAUAUCGUCCACGUUCACGUCCACCUCAUCAAGUGGAGCCACAGAGACGCUCACAAAUUCAUUCAAUACGGAAUACUAUGGCAAAGUGGCCAUUGGUGGCCAGACCUUUGAGGUGCUCUUCGACACGGCCUCGGCCAACCUGUGGGUGCCGUCCGUGCAGUGCACCCAGAGUGUGUGCCUGCAGCACAAUCGCUACAAUUCGAGUCGCUCCAAGACGUACGUGGCCAAUGGCACCGCCUUUCAGAUCCAGUACGCCACCAGGGAUGAGGCGGUCAUCUUGCAGGGAUUUCUCUCCACGGACAACCUGAUGAUUGCCGGACUGACGAUCCAGAAUCAGACCUUUGCCGAAAUCACUUCGUUGCCCGAGAGCGUCUUCAAUCGGUCGAACUUUGAUGGGAUUUUCGGGCUGGGUUUUCCCAGCAUAUCCAUCGGAAAUGUGAACCCACCGCUGUUUAACCUUUACGAACAGGGACUGAUCGCUGAACCGUUGUUCACACUCAUCCUCAACCGGAAUGCCUCGGAUCCGAGUAACGGGGGCAGGCUGCUACUCGGCGGCACCGAUCCCACGCUCUACAGCGGCUGCCUCACCUACGUGCCGCUCUCCAAUGUCGGAUACUGGCAGAUAACCGUCACCGGCAUCAGCCUGGACACUGCAUCCGAUCUCUGCGCCAACUGUGAGGCCAUCAUCGAUGCUGGAACCUCGCUGAUUGUCGUUCCGUCUACCACUCUGGCGGCCAUCAACACGAGAUUCGGCAUCACGGAAGCCGACAAGAGGGACGGCGUGUAUACCAUCUCCUGCGACAAGGUCUCCGCCCUGCCGGAUCUGACCUUCAACAUUGGACGCACCGACUUUACCCUGCCGGCCACCAGCUAUAUCCUCAACUACGAUGGAACCUGUGUCUCGGGCUUCACCAGUCUUCCCGAUGGCGGCGAUGAUCUGACCAGCCUCUGGGUGCUGGGCGAUGUCUUUCUGGGUCCCUUCUACAUUGAGUUUGACAUGGAGUACAAACGCAUUGCCAUUGCUCGCAAAUUGUAAAUCUUUUUAAUCUAUAACCUAUAAUAAUCAAAUUAUUUCUAACCAAAUUACUUGCAU